UGGAGACUCCCCUUAAAGGGUCAGUGUGGGUGUGACCUUACAGUAAGUGAUCACAGUGGAGGGCUGGACUAAGGAGGGAAAUGGAAGACCUGACGGACGGACUUCACAGGGAGCUGUGGUCACACACACUCCCACAAACCUUGGAGAGAGAGUCUGCUUCCACCGACUGGCCGAGGUCCCAGAGUAGACUUAACGAAAAGAGGAAGGGAGGGAAAGUUUGAGGCAUUAUAGCAAACCUAGAGAGUAGUGCAUAGUGGUAGUAGGUAGUACAUGUGACUUGAAAGAAUGAUUGGUUAGAAGUAACCAAGAAGAGUUUAAAAGAGUUGCCGAAGCUUGUUGCUUGCAAGUUGGAGUCAUUCCGCUCCUAUUGCUAGGUGUCUACUGUCAUUCAAGUCUUUUUUUAGUGCUUUAUUUUUACCCUAGGGCGGCAUUCUUGCACACAAGUGCCACAAGUGUACAUGCUUCUGCCCUCUGUCUGCAAGUAAGCUUGUGUGUGUUCCAUCGGAGUCUACUUGAAAUCAAGCCAUGGCCGACACAGACUUCAAACUGGAGCGUGCCGUCUUCGCCGAAGUCUCUGAUGACGAUGAGGAGGUCGCCUUGGUGCCUCCUGCCACCAAACCUGCCACCACCUCCAAGGUGUUCAAAUCAAAACGAGGUGAUGACGAUGACCCAGCAGAAGAGGUGGACCUGGUGUUGGGGCCAGGACUCGAUGGAGGUGGCAGUGGUGAGGGCCAGAAAUCUGAGGCCCAGGCUACCGGCAUGAUGGUCCUGGCACUCCUAGACCAUAUCAUAGGUGUGGUGGACCAGAUCCAGCAGACUCAGACAGGUCUCGAGGCCAAGCAGGAGACCAUGGAGAAGAACAUGAGCAGCAUCCAGACGGAGCUUGCCAAGCUGGCGAAGAGUCAUGUUGGAACGACUGGGACGGUCAACAAGCUCCUGGACAAGGUGCGGAAGGUGAACGUCAAUGUGAAGAGUGUGCGCACGGACCUGGAGAAGCAAGCGGGACAGAUAAAAAAACUGGAGAAAAAUGAACAUGAGCUCCUCAAGAGGAAGAACUUCAAAGUGCUCAUCUUCCAGGACAAGGUAAAGCCUGUGAAGGUCUCUAAGAAGCCAGAGGCUGCAGGAGAGGAAAGAGAGCAGGUGCUGAGUGAAGGAGUAGAGGAAGACCAUGGCUCUGAAGAGGAAGUUGAGGUUGAGGAGAUCAUAAAGGAAUCUCGUGCUGAGCGCAUCAAACGCAGUGGCCUCCAGAAGGUGGACAAGCUGAAGAUAGCCUUCAGCAAGGAGCAGAUGGAGAAGACCAGACAGAAAACCAAGGAGAACCUGGAGAAAACCCGACUGAGAACUAAAGAGAACCUGGAGAAGACACGUCAGAGAACCCGAGAGAACCUUGAGAAUACCAAGAAGAGCCUGGGCAAGAAGAUGGGUAAGCUAGGAACAAAGAUGACGCCUAACACUGAACGCCGUGAGAAGAUCCGUAGCUCCAGAGAGAAGAGAAGAUCCAAAUCAACCACCUACCGCGUACCGCCCUUCACCUUCCACGUCAAGAAGGUCCGUGAGGGUGAGAUGGAACCCACACCAGAACCUGAGGAAGAGGAGAAGCAGGUGGAGCAGAAUGAGGAGGUCCAAGAGGGUCUUGCAGCGCAGGAAGGAGGUCUAGUGUCAAGGGUGGAGGAAGGUGAACUGGUCAAUCUUGACAGCCCUGAGAUGGAGGCCUUACUAGAGGCAGCUGAUCAAUCACGGCUGGCGUUCCAGGAGACGGUGAGGCCGAGGGAGAAGGCCGGCCAGUAAGUCCAACAUGCUGAGCCCUGGGAAAAAUAAUGUGUAGGUCUGGAGAUAAAUAAGGCUGAAAUGAUGUAGGGAACUGAGAUGUGCUUGAGAAACGGAAUAAAGAGCAACUGAAUGGAGUCGACUGGACCUUUGGCUGAACAUUUUGUUUGUGUGUUUGUUUGUUUCUUAUUAUCCUCUCAACCCCAAGGUUGCAUUUUUUUCAUUUUGUUUUGUUCAAUUGUCAAUUUUUAAAUUGACUAAUGGUCAAUUUUGUGUCGAGAACGCUCAAAAAAGAUCAAAUCAUUUUUAAUUUGAUAACCAAGACUUAAUCUACAUCUAAAGAUUUUCAUAAACACUUUCAUGGCAUUUUGUUCCUAUUAGACAUUUAAUAUUAACUUAUUCAUUUGUAAUCAAGGCUACCCGGUUGUGGCCAGAUAUUGCCUAUAUAUAUUCAUAUUAAAGUGCCUAUAUUUAAUGAACACCUUGUGUUCUUUGUACUAUCAUGUGAUGUGAUGUGAUGUCUGCUAAUUUCAACAGUAUAAAUUAAAAGCAGGCUCUACGCAUCUUGUAGAACAUCUGGGCUUUGUUUUAAUGCCAUGAAUGAACUUUAAAACUUUAAGGUGCUAGAGAGUAUGUUGUCUGUUGGAAAUAUUGUUGUGAGGGAAAGUGAAUUGAAAAAUAUUCUAAUUAAAGUGAAAUGAAAAAAAAAUGGAAAGAAACAACUACAAAUAACUACUGACUGAACUUUUUUCUUUU